ACAGACUUGGGUGGAUCUCUGGCUACACGCGUAGAAGAUGUCAUGCUUGGGCAAUAUGACAAAGAAUUUUACCUUGUUGUUGAUGUAACAUCAACUACAGUUUUUUUGAACGGCGAAAAAGACAUUGUUGUAAAACUUCGUCCUGUACAGGAAUUUUUUUGUUGUUCCGGAAGAGUGCAGUCAGAUUCUUGACUUGCCAUCGAUGUCUUCAUCUGAAUUUAGUCCAAAUGAUGAAAAUUCCCCCCCAGCAACUUAUGAAACUCUAACCAUGAACAUCAACGAAAGUCAUACAUUAGGAAAUGACACAGAUACAACUACAGACUUUGUGGACAGUGAAGAGGACAGCAGCAUGUUCCAGCCAAGGUUUCACAGCACCCAAAAAAGUAAACGCCUGAGAGUGGAACAAUCACACUUGCUAUCAAGAGAGACUGAGCUAUCGAGUGCUUCUGUGACUUCAAAAAAGUUGCCAAGUGAAGUAUGUGAAACAGAUCUGUUUAUCCUUACCCUCCCAAAUGAGGGAGAAGAAGAAUGGGAAAUCAACCAGCACAUCAUUGCAGCCAUGAGGGCUGGAAAACUGUCGCAACACAUAAAUGCAUUUAUUUUGGUGUGUGCAAAACACCUUUUGAAAACUGUGACGUUGGAUAAACGGUUGUACCAGCGGAAGAGCAUUUAUAAACGUUACGCUCAAAUGAUUGUGAAACAACACCCCUGCCUUGCAGAUAAUAACUGUGAAGAUAACUAUCUUACUGUGAAACAUAAAGUGGUUCGAGCUGUUGGUAAUUCAAAUAGAUUCCAAGAAACAUGGACGAAUUCGCAACUUAAAAAGAAAUCAACAGAAGGCGAGUGCAAAGCGGAAUUCGGGUGGCCUAAACCAGUAUGA